UAGACAUUUCAUUUACUGAUUUACAGUGUUCACACAUGCUUCCAAAUAAUGUUGGGGAGAGUCCAGGUUUCCCUUGUACGGCUGCUAGAUACCAAGGCUACUUAUGAAGCCAUCAACCGAUCUGCAGUUCUGGUCCAGCAAGUCAGAUGGAGAAAGAUGAGGACAGACCCCAUCAACAAGUCCAAGAUUGGUCGUGUCAGGGAGCGUACGCCGAUAGAUCCAUGGGAGUAUGAAUAUUUAAAGACUAAUAUUGCAUAUUAUAGAACAACCAUAAAAUCUUUAAGACUGUUGUUCCAACAAGAAUUUCCUAAUCUAAGGGUAAAGGGAAGGGAUGUCCAAAGUACAUUAAAAGAUCAAGAAAAUCAAGGAGAUGAUGAAGAAUUCCAAAAAAUACUCUCAUGGAAUGAAGAAGAAAAUAAAAAAACAAAGGAACUAAGAGAGGCAAGGGAAGCUGAAGAAAAUAGGGAGAAGGAGGAGAUGAUGUUGCAGAAAAUAAUGAAGGCUGAUGAACAACAUGCCAAAAAAAUGGCAGAAUUGGAAGAGCUUGUGAAGAAUGAAAUGGAAGCAAGUAAGAAUUUCAUUACACUAGAGAACAUGGCAGAGAAAAUAGAAGAAGCUAUAGAUAAUAAAAAGAAUUACAAUUUCCUGAUCAACAAAACUGGUAAAAUAAUCCUCCCGGAAGACACAUCAUGGACGGAAUUACGUGAACGAAUUGAUGACCAGGAACAAAACAAACAAUCAAGCUAACAUUGUUGGAAAUUAAUUCACAAGAUCAAUAGCAUUUCCGUAAGACUAAUCUCAGCUUUUUUAUGCGCCAAAGAGGUUUUGUUCAACAAGUUUUUAUGCUGAAAAGGCAUGACCAAUACAAACACCAGCAUUUUGAGGGGCAGGCAGCUUACGUUAUAAUCAUAUAUACAAUAUACAGUACAUACACGAUGUAUUAUUUUUAAGUUCUCAAGAAAUAUGGAAAUGAAUUUCAUAUUCUUUGAAUUCCAGAACAACACAUUAUUUUUGUCUACUUUAUAAGCAUGUAUAGGAAAGACAUUAAAAAUAAUAUUGUGAAAGUAAUGUUUUUUUAAUAGCACAUAUUAGAAAAUUCUGCAUUAAGGGCUGUUUUCCAUGGAUACAGAAUCAAUCACACAAUGCACAACCGCCCAAAUUCCUAAAGAGAGUUCUUCAUUGAGCAGCUAUUGAAAUUCAGACUACCUUAAGAGUGCUGUAUCUAGUCUUGAAAUGGGCAGGGCAUGCAAAGGUGAAGUGGGGGAUCGAUGAUUGAGGGAGGGCUAGGUUGCAAAAUAAGGAGAUAUUUAACUACAUAAGCGUGAUAUUUUUUGCUCCAGACAUUUUCCAAAGGAGGGGGGCCCUGAUUGGGGUUGUGAGCCCCUACACAUCCCCUAGAUAUGCUACUACACCCAUGUUCAUUUAAAACCAUUCAAAUCCUCCAAUUUAUUGAAAUUCAGGAUUGAUGUUGAUGUAAAUAAUAUAUGCUGUAUUUAUUAAUCUGUAUUGACAAGCAAAUAACUACCGAUUAAAUUAAGUACAGGCAACUUUAAUAAAGUACAGUAUAAACAUUUAUUUUCCUGACAAUGGAAAGUCUGUAAAAAAAAUCAAGGUAUUUAUAGACAAAAAUAAACAAUCUUCAAGCAAGUUGCAUAAUUUAAACAUAUGCUACUAAAUACUGACAAUUGUUUUGGAAAAUCUUUCACUGUAUCUUUGUAAUAACAGAUGAUGCAAAUGUUAUUUACAUAGCUUGUAAUACAACAAAAAUAUUUUUAUAAGUCGAUGCUUAUAGGCAUUUUAAAGAUGUUUUGAUGUUAGAAUGGCAAGGUAUAAUUAUUUCAGCAACAUGAUUUACAAAAAUAAAUUAAUUAUAAAUGUUUCUUUAUUGUAAAAAAAAAA